UCCUGACCCGGUUCCGGUGGAUGCUACUUCCUCACCCGUUAUUUCAGCUGCUGUUCCUGAUGAUGAUUUGGCGGCGGAUGAGGAUCUCGACCAUGAUUUAGAGAAUGAAGAACUUGAGGAAGAUGUUGAUGUUGUGGAGGACAUUGUUCAAUUGAUUGUAGCUGUUCCUUUUACCUAUCUCCCCUCAACCAGACCGGUUUGUUUGGGGUCCUUCACCCUCAGGAGUUUUCACAAUUAAGAGUGCUUCGUGGCUCCAAAUUCAACAUUUACCUACCUAUUCUAAUACUACCUUGUUAAAUAAGAUUUGGCAUCUUCAUAUUCCUCUAAAAGUUAAGAUCUUUGCUUGGUCCUUAAUCAGAAUUGGUCUUAAGACUCGGGAUAAGCUCUCACAGUACAAUCCUAAUAUUUCUCCCAUGUGUCCCUUUUGUUCUCAGCAUGUUGAAUCCAUUGAUCAUCUCUUUCUCACUUGUACUUUUGCUAAACAAGUUGGGAACCAUACUUCCUUACUUCAUCCUCUUUUCUGGGAUAGACCUUUUCUUGAUUGGCUACAGCAUGCAUGUUAGUUCCACUAGGCCUUCGCAGGAUAAUCUUGCAUCUAUUCUUACCACUGCCUGGUCAUAUGGCAUUGUAGGAAUAAGCUCAUUUUCCAAAACCUCUCUACAUCUCCAACUCGUUGCGUCUUUCAAGUUUUCAUAUUGCAGUUGAAUUAUCUGAAAGCUAAUCCAACUUCCAUUAUUCCUAAGGUCUCUAAAUACUUUCACAUUAAAUGACAACCCCCAAAUUCACACCAGGUUAAGUUGAACUUUGAUGGGUCCGUUCAGAAUGGUAUUGCCACCACAGGUUUUGUUUUUAGAAAGUAGGACGGAAAUCCUCUGUUUGCAGCAGAUGUUCUAGUAGCUGAUAUUAGAUCAAAAGUGGACUCAUCACAAGUUAUCCUAGAGCAACUAGGAAACCAUCAAAGCAUUAAAUCGAAUACAACAUGGAUCUGGAAAAGAAUCAACCUAGAUAUCUAAUGUGAUAGUGUAUUUAUCAUUGGAUUAGGAAUCCAUUAAUUGGACUACAAGAAAGUCCUAAACUGUGAUGCAUUAGGAAUCUGAGAUACAAGUCUUGUUCUUUAAGGAAAAUCUUUAUGGGAGAUUUCCUGAGACUUGAACUUAUAUAAAAAGGAGGUUAGGGUCCCUGUUAUCACCACCGUCUACAAGCAUUGUGUUCUGCCCAUUCAUAAGCUACAGUUGGUGAAUAGCAUAAGACUUCGACCUCGAUUUAUUCUUUUGUUUCUACAGCUGCAACAAUGGCCUCAACUUAUGAUGUCAAUGGAAUCCCUACUGUGACCUUGAACACCAUUCAGCUCCUAAUUGGCUAUAACUACAAGAAGUGGAGAAACCAAGUAGAUUUUUAUCUAGCCAUGAACCAGAACAUGGACCUUUGCCUAACUGAGGAUGAACCGGAGAAGCUUACUAGUGACAGUUCAGAUGAAGAGAGGAAAUUUUUUAAGGAGUGGCAUAAGGCUAAUAAGAUGGCAAAGAAUGUGAUUAGGACUACUAUGUCAGACACAGUUAGAGGUAGCAUAGAAGAACCUGAUUUAGCCAUGGAUUACCUGUAUGCCAUCCAUGACAUGUACAGAGAAAGUGAUAAGGGUGAGGCUGCUAGAUUGGCAAAGGAAUUUAACGAGCUUAAGUACACUGGUACAGGGAAAGUGAGAGAGCAUAUCAUGAAGCUAAUUGAGAUUAAUGCUCAGCUUAGGGACCUAAACAUGGGGGUCACUGAUGAUCAUGUAGUGCAUGCUGCACUGCAUUCCUUGCCAAAUAGUUUUAGCCAACUCAGGACUAGCUACAAUGCUCAAAAGAAAAAAUGGAGUCUUAAGGAGCUGAUUGUCAUAUGUGUAGAUGAGGAAGACAGGAUGAGAAAAUAGAAAGAGCCAUGUACCUCAGUGAACCUUGUUGAAAAGCCUAAGAAGAAAUACCAGAACCAGUCUAAGCUUAAGCCUACCAAAAUGUUGUGAAAUUUUAAUUAAAACUCGCAAGCGCACGAAUAAUCGUUAGUAUAGUGUGCAAGUACGAGGUCGUUCCAACUGAGGAUUGAUAAUCAAUUUAAAUCCUAACCUAAUUAAUCCAAAACACAAAAACACAUAAACAAUCAAACUAAAGAAGAUAUGGUUUUAAGGUUUUCGACUAAACAAAUAAUUUGAGAAUUAAAGAAACAAACAAAUAAACAAAUAAUGAUAAAACCUAGGGUUUCGAAAUCAACCACUAACAAUCCUAUUUAUGUUUCGAUGCAAUUAACAGAUUCUUUUAUUUCUUUUGAUGAUAAUUCCCGUAUCUAAGUCCUUCUCAGGUACUCUAGACCAUAGUUUUCCUUAAGUGCAUGAUGCUCUCCCUCUCGGGUAAAGAUCGUAUAUCCUAACUAUGCAGUUUAUCCUUCUCAGGUAUAAAUUUAACAUGCAAGACUCAUUACGCUUUAGAAAACAAGGGAAUCAAGCAAACCAUUAGUCUUUCUCAAGUAAUAAUGUAAUUUACCACACUUAAUCACAAGAAGCUAAUCAAAUUAUAUUGCAUCUCUGCUUCAAAUUUGUCUUCCAAUUACUAUAUGCAAAGCCCUAAGGUGAUCAAUCAAAGAACUUAAACAUAAAGCAUCAAUUCAAAUAGUGAUUAAGCAUUCAUCAUAAAGAAACUAUAAAUCCAUCAAUAAAACAUCAAAGUACAUAAACAAUCAUGAUAGGGCAUUAUCCUAACCCUAGAAAAGGUUUUAACAAAAGAUAACUAAGUAAAACAUAGGAAAAACAUAAAAAGAAUGGAAGGGAAAAGAUGGGGAAAGAUGGAUGAGUCGUCUCUGCUCCGUAGGCGUCUACAUUGUGCUCCCGAGACUCCUCUCUCAUGUAAAUUCGUGCUCCCUUAUAUAGGGAAGAUUUCUGCUCAUCUUUGGCUUCAUGUUUCCUUGUAAAACUUGGAUUUAGAUUCCUUUCUUCAUUUGGAAUGGGAAAACCUUGAAAUAUCUCUUGUAGAAGUAGGAAUAAGUUAAUCAUUGAAUCCUCAUCUGAAUUAACUUCCUUAAAACAUUAGGAUUGAUGAUCUUGUGCCACGGAACUUGAGUUCUCCACGAAUGGUUGUAAAUUCCCGAGCAGAUUUCCUGUCCGACCUAUCUUCACUCAAAUAAUCAUAACUUUCUCCAGAAAUAUCGAAAUCGAGAUCCGUAAAAUUCUACAGAAAGUUGACAUCCGUAGCUUUCCAUGCAUAUAAGGUUCAUUGUCUGAUUCGAUCUGGGUAACUCCCAGUAAUUCGAGGAAGUUGGAUGUUCUGCACAGGCAGAUUCUGGGACCUGGGCGUCUUUCAAUCCUAGUUAGCUCAUUUUAACUUCUUUUCUUCUCUUUAUGAGACAAACCUACAAAAACACUAUAACAACAUAAAUGACUCGAAAUAAGGAGGACUAAGCAUAAAUACUAAGAUUAAGAGGCAAAGAAAUAUAGGAAAAUAUGAGCACAUCACAAAACCAUCUACAAAGGAUCUACCUCGGGAGCAGCUAAAGCCAACAAACCAUUUAGGUUCAAGUGCUAUUUCUAUAAGAAAGUAGGGCACAUGAAGAAAGACUGCACAGGCUUUAAGAAUUGGUUGAUCAAAAAGGGUAAUUUUUCUAACUCACUGUUUUCUUUAGAAAUUAAUUUAGUUAAUGUUGAACCAAAAACUUGGUGGAUUGAUUCAGGAAGCCCCUUACAUAUUACUAAUUCUCUACAGGGAUUCAUAAGGAAGUGAACCUGUGUGUAGGCAAUCGCAUGAGAGUGGCAGUCAAACCUAUUGAAACCUUAAAAUUAGAUCUUGGUUUAGGAAAGUUGUUAGUUUUGGAUAAUGUUUAUUAUGUACCUUCCAUGAGAAGGAAUUUAAUUUCAGUUUCUCUUUUGGUUAAAUCUGGAUGUAGACUUCUUAUUGACAAUAAUUGAAUUAUUAUUUCUAAAGAUUCAGUUCAAAUUGGUUCUAGUGUUAUAUUGAAUG